AUGGAGGCCGACUGGGAUGAGCUGUCGCGUAUCCCAAUGCCACCACCGAGUGCGCAUGCUAUGCCUACCGUGGCGACAGCGAUCGCGUUUGAUGAUAUGAUGGAACUUCUGUGGACAGGAAAUGAAUACGGCAGGGUAUCCUCAUUUUACGGACCGGAGAUGCAACGUUACACAUCUGUUCGAGCCCACCCAGCAUCCGAGGGCGUGGUGCGGCAGAUUAUCUUUCACGAACGAGGAGUAAUUUCCCUGUCUUCGAAGAGUGUGCACAUGAUCACACGGCGGGGCUUGACGCAAUGGCACCUUGCUCACGAGGAAAUGGUCGAUCUCCGCUGUAUGAGCUUCACGGCUCAAACCAAUCGAAUCCUCGUUGCAGGUUGCCAACGAGUGAUGUUCACGGUGGACAUUGACAAGGGCACAAUCGUCGACAAGCUACCCACUGAGCACGGCUACACAAUGAUGAAAAAGAGUAGAUACCUCUGCGCAGCAACAGAUACGGGAUCUGUUAAUGCCCUCAGCCUCGCCAAUUUUAGCGUUGUGAAGUCAUGGAAAGCCCACGGGACAGCUGUCAAUGAUAUGGACGCCCGAAAUGACUUGCUGGUCACAUGCGGCUUUUCCGUCCGACAUCUGGGAGCCCCAAUCGUGGACCCAUUAGCCAAUGUUUAUGAUUUGAAGACUCUGACACCAUUACCCCCGAUCCCGUUCCAUGCUGGUGCAGCAUAUGUUCGCAUGCAUCCCAAACUUCACACUACUAGCUUCGUGGCUUCACAAACAGGUCAACUUCAAGUCAUAGAUCUUAUGAAUCCCAACUCGGUCAACUUGAGACAAGCGAAUGUCUCUUUAAUGCUCGGGAUUGAUCUUUCACCAUCCGGAGAAGCUUUGGCUAUCAAUGAUGCCGAGGGCUCUAUUCACCUAUGGGGCUCACCAUCAAAAAUUCAUUUCACAGAACUGAGCAAAGAGGCAGAGUUUGCAGAUGUUCCCACGCGCCCUCCUCCGAUAGAUUGGUCCCCAGAAGCUCCGCUAAGCAUGGCUGGGAUGCCUUAUUAUCAUGACCGUCUCCACUCGGCGUGGCCAAGCCAUCUGAUCUUCGAGGUUGGCAAUCCACCUGCUCCGAUAGAUCAAUCUAUAUUGCCAUACUUGCGUCCUGCGGAAAUGGGCCAUCACGCUCCCAAUCCGAGAAAGAUCCGCCGCUACCAAACAGAAAACACUCGCGCGCUGACCACAGCAGAGCCGUCCCUUAUCGCACCAAAGUUCUUGAGUGAAAAGGCUCGAGAAUAUAGUAAAUCAGACGGCUUAGUUGGAGAUGCAGCAGAAGCACUAGCAGGCGCUAAAAUCAACGGAGAAAGUGAUGAUGAUCCGUUGCUCAAAUAUAGCAACGUCGAAAUCAAAUACAGCCGGUUUGGUGUUGAUGAUUUCGACUUUCGCUUCUAUAAUAAGACCUUGUUCUCUGGCCUGGAGACUCACAUCGCCAAUUCUUUCACCAACUCCCUCCUCCAACUCUUCAAAUUCAUCCCAUUGUUCCGGAACCUUGCUCUCAGCCAUGCAGCUGGAUCGUGCAUCUUUGAGCACUGUCUUUUGUGUGAGCUAGGUUAUCUGUUUGAUAUGCUUGAAAAAGCGAGUGGACAAAAUUGCCAAGCCACCAAUCUCCUCAAGACAUUCAGCAGCUUCCGAGAAGCGUCAAAUUUGGGCCUCUUGGAAGAGAAUCUCACCAACAAAUCACUUUCAACUGCUAUUCAGGCUGUCAAUCGUUUCUUCUUGACCCAGAUAGCUCAAGAUUUCCGGAUGACCCAACCAAAUUCGGAAGAUCUCGAUCAACGGCUCGCUACCAUCGCAUCCGAGUCCAUUCGGUGCAUGUACUGCCAGAAUGAAAUCGUGCGACCUGGAAACUCGUUGGCAAAUGAACUGAUUUAUCCGAAUAUUGACAUUAAACAUGCGCGACGCAAUCCGCUGUUCCGAUUCUCCAAUAUCCUACGUGCAAGUAUUGAACGAGAGACACAGAACCGCGGGUGGUGCAAUUAUUGCCGUCGUUACCAACAAGUGACGAUCCGCAAAACUAUCCACCGCAUGCCGUUGGUCCUCGUGCUUAAUGCUGCGCUGACGAACCCUCUCUGUCGUCGGCUAUGGGCAAUCCCCAAGUGGCUCCCUGACGCUGUCGGUAUCCUGGUUGACCCCACCGGCCAGGUAAUGUGCUUUGAAGGGGAUGAGCUGCAGCUUCGUAUCCAGAGCCAGACACCUGGACUCGUGGUGUAUGAUUUGGUUGGCUUGGUUGCGGAGAUUGAUAUUCCAGAACACCAAAAGCCGCAUUUGGUUUCUUUCGUCAAUGUCUCCAUAUCAAGACCUGAACCCCAGGAACAAGGCAAAUGGCACUUGUUCAACGACUUCUUGGUUACGGAGGUCGACAGGGAUGAAGCGCUUCGAUUCACACAGCCUUGGAAGCAACCUUGCGUUCUAGCUUACCAAGUGAGAGACCCUCGCCAUGUCAUCGAUGACUCUUGGAAGAAUAGCCUCGAUAAAACACUUCUGUUCCGCGAGUGGUCUUUGAAUGGUGGCCGUCAUGUUGAAUCUUGUAAAACCCUUACUGAAGAGGAACAGCCCCAGCCCGGGACACCUGUUGCCCUGGAUACCGAAUUCGUCGAUCUCGAAAAGGCUGAAAUCGAUGUCAAGGCAGACGGCUCGCAAGAAAUGGUCCGCCCGAACAAGAGUGGGCUGGCCCGUGUCUCUGUGUUGCGCGGCUUAGGGAUUCAGGAAGGAAUACCUUUUAUUGAUGACUAUAUCACUAUUCGGGAGCCAAUCGUGGACUAUGUGACCCAGUAUUCAGGUAUCAAACCUGGUGACUUGGAUCCACGAACCAGCGAACACAACCUCGUCCCACUCAAGGCAGCCUAUAAAAAACUUUGGUUGCUUCUCAAUCUCGGCUGCAUAUUCGUCGGUCACGGUCUAGCCUCUGAUUUCCGCAAAAUCAACAUCCAAGUGCCAAAGGCCCAAACCGUGGACACACAAUAUCUUUUCUUCCAUCCAGGGAAGAACCGCCGGCUCAGUCUCCGGUACCUUGCAUGGGCUGUUUUCAAAGAAUAUAUUCAAGAAGAGCCUACACCAGACACCCUUCAGGGUCAUGACUCUAUUGAGGAUGCGCGUAUGGCCUUGCGUCUUUGGAAAAAAUUUCAAGAAUACGAAGAUGCAGGCAUUGUCGCGCAAAUGCUCGAAGAGAUAUUCCGUGAAGGCUCGAAACUAGGCUUCCGCCCGCCUCCCAAGAAUGGCGGCACUGUUACAGUCCUUUCCCGACCUGGUACCGCUGUCACCAUGCAGAAUGAGAGUGGUCGCAACACUCCUAGCACCCCUGACACACGCUCCGUCGCCCCUGUAGCACCCACCUCGGCUGCGCCCAAUGCUGGACCUCCCAGUGCUCCUGCCACGCCCCGCCAGGCUUUCCGGCGCUCGAUUGCUCUGACCCCAAGCAAUGGAAGCUUCUCUGGACCUGGUGACUUUUUUGGUGGCAGUCCCCUACGAUAG